CGGGUCAUCUGGCGUUGGAUCGUCUGGCUCGACAGCGGGCAUCGGGUCACCAGGCAUGACAGCGGGCACGGGGUCAUCAGGCAUUGGAUCGUCUGGCUCGACAGCGGGCAUCGGGUCACCAGGCAUCAGGUCAUUUGGCUCGACAGCGGGCACCGCGUCAUCUGGCAAGGCAGUGGGCACCGAGUCACCAGGCACGACAGUGGGCUCUGAGUCAAUUGGCUCGACAGCGGGCACCGGGUCAUCAGGUACCGGAUCGUCUGGCUCGACAGCAGGCACCGGGUCAUCUGGCGCUGGAUCAUCUGGCUCGACAGCGGGCAUCGGGUCACCAGGCAUGACAGUGGGCACUAGGUCAUCAGGCAUUGGAUCGUCUGGCUCGACAGCGGGCAUCGGGUCACCAGGUAUAACAACGGGCACCGGGUCAUCAGGUACCGGAUCGUCUGGCUCGACAGCGGGCAUCGGGUCACCAGGCAUGACAGCGGGCACUGGGUCAUCAGGCAUUGGAUCGUCUGGCUCGACAGCAGGCAUCGGGUCACCAGGCUGGAUCAGUUCAUCAGGCUGGGUACAGACCUCAGGCUGGGUAGGGACAUCAGGCUGAAGUGCGGGUGCCGAGGCACCAGGCUGAACCACGGAAGGCAGGUUCUCAG